AUGAUAUUGUCAGAAUUGCAGUUAUCAUGUUGUAAUGGGGAUCUUGAUAAAGUAAAAAAAUAUAUAAAUAAAGAUAAUAUAAAUGAAAUCAUAACAGUAUUAAACGAAAGAGAAGAUGAUCAAUGGACAUUAAUUCAAUAUGAGGAAUUAACACCUCUUAUAUGUGCCAUUCAAAAUAAUCAUUUGUGCAUUGUCAAAUUUCUUGUUGAACAAGGAGCUGAUAUUUAUUUACUUAAAACAAUAAGAGCAGCAUGUCAAUACAAACAUUUAUCAAUAAUUAAUUAUUUAUUAGAUAUUUUAGUUGUAAAAUGUAGUUCAAUUUCAUCAAAAACAUCACCUCCGUCAUCUUCAUUAUCACUUUGGUAUGAAAAAGAUGCUUCAGAAUGGCUUGAAGCAUUACCAAUUGGCAAUGGUUAUAUGGGUGGAAUGAUUUAUGGUGGUUAUCCACGUGAAAUAAUUCAAUUAAAUAGUGAUGCAUUAUGGGCUGGCUGUCCACAUGAUUAUUCAAAUAAAGAUGCUUUGAAUUAUCUUCCACAAAUUCGACAAUUAAUUCAAGAUAAUAAAUGGAAUGAAGCUCAAACAAUGUUAACACAAAAUUUCUUUGCGAAACCAAUUGGUCAAGCACCUUAUCAAACUGUUGGAGAUUUAUUUAUAGAUUUCUUUCAAGAAUCAUCAUCUUUAGCUUCUAUUGAUCAAUAUCAAAGAGAAUUGAAUUUAGAAAAAGCAAUUGCAACAACAACUUAUUCGACUAGUAACGGAGUUCAUUUUCAAAGAACUUGUUUUGCAUCGUAUCCAGAUAAUUGUAUGGUUUAUAAUGUUCAAGCAUCGUCACCAAAUUCAAUCAAUAGUGUCAUAUCAUUUUCCAGUCCACAAAAGACAAAAAUAAGUGUAGAUGGAUCGAAUACAUUAAUAGUUGAUGGUGUAGGUGGUGAUUUUGAAUCUAUGAUAGGAAGUAUUCGUUUUCGUUUAUUAAUAAAUAUUGAAUCAGAUGGUGAAUGUUAUGUAUUAAAUGAUCGUUUAAUAAUAUUGGCAUCGAAUUUUCUUACUCUUAGAAUAGUAAUUGCCACAAGUUAUAUUAAUUAUGCGAAUAUAAAUGGUGAUGAAAUAAAAUUAAGUGAAAAUAUUUUAAAAAAUUGUUUAUUAUUUAAUUAUGACCAAUUACUCCAACGUCAUUUAAUUGAUUAUCAAUUCUUAUUUAAUCGUGUUCAUUUAAAUCUUGGAGAAAGUGAAGCGAUGCUUAAACCAACAGAUCAGCGUAUUCAAUUAUUUUCACAAAAUCCAAAUUUAGAUCCUCAAUUAUUAACAUUAUAUUUUCAAUAUGGACGAUAUUUAUUAAUAUCAUCAAGUCGUCCAGGUAGUCAACCAGCAACAUUGCAAGGCAUAUGGAAUGAUUCCAUGACACCGCCAUGGCAAUCAAAAUAUACAAUUAAUAUUAAUAUUGAAAUGAAUUAUUGGGCAGCAGCGGCAACAAAUUUAUUGGAAUGUUAUCAACCUUUAUUUAAUCUUAUUGAAGAUAUUUCUCAUACAGGACAAACAACAGCAAAAUUACAUUAUGGAACAAAACGAGAAGGAAGUUGGGUUUGUCAUCAUAAUACUGACAUUUGGAGAGGAACAGCACCUGUUGAUGAUGCAAUAUAUGGUACAUGGCCAACAGGUGGCAUAUGGCUUUGUAAAAGUAUUUUUGAUCGUUAUUUAUUUACUAAUGAGAAAGAAAACCUUCUUCGUUAUUAUCCAAUACUUCGUUCAGCUGCUCAAUUUUUUCUUGAAACUCUAAUUAAAUCAUCAAAUUAUCUACUAACAAAUCCAUCAAUGUCACCUGAAGUUGCACAUCAUGCUGAAUUAGGUGCUGUUGUUUGUGCGGGUCCAACAUUAGAUAUUCUUUUAAUAAAAGAUUUAUUUCAUUCAGUUAUUGAAACGUCAAUUUUAUUUAAUAUUGAUUUAUCAUUUCGAGAAGAAGUUCAAAAUGCAAUGAAUCAAUUACCACCUUUACAAAUUGGACAAUUAGGUCAAUUACAAGAGUGGUUUGAAGAUUGGGAUCAGGUAGCUGAUCUUCAUAAUCGACAUAUGUCUCAUUUGUAUUGUGUUUUUCCUGGAAAUUCUGUAACAUUCGAACCAUCAUCAUAUCGUGAUGCCGCUCUUCGUUCAUUAGAUCUUCGAGGUAUAUUUGUUCCAUCACCGGGUUGGUCAUUAGCAUGGAAAUCUAAUAUAUGGGCUCGUUUUCAUCAAGGUUCAACUGCAUUUAAACUUCUUUGUAUGAUAUUAACACCUUUACAUACUGCUCCAAAUAUGUUCGAUUUAAUCGACGGACCCCCGUUUCAAAUUGAUGCCAAUUUUGGUGUUACAUCAGCUAUUUGUGAAAUUUUACUUCAAAGUCAAAAUAAUCAAAUUGAACUUUUACCAGCUUUACCAAUUGAUAAUUGGCCACAAGGUUUUGUUUGUGGUUUAAGAGCACGAGGAAAUUAUCAAGUUAGUAUUUGGUGGACAGAUGGAAUAUUACAAAGAGCUGAAAUCCUACCAUUAUCAAAUCAAAAUAGUUGUACAAUAGUUUAUCAAAAUAAAAAAUUAAUUUUAGAAAAUCUUUUAUCUGGAUAUACGUAUCAUCUCAAUUCGUUAUUACAAUUAACUCAUCAAUCAUAA